AUUGAGAGAGAGAGAGAUGGCGGAGAGAGGGAGAGUGUGUGUGACGGGAGCGAGCGGCUUCAUCGGUUCCUGGUUAGUUCGUCUUCUCCUCGAUCGAGGAUACGCCGUCAAUGCCACCGUCCAACAUCUUGAGGAUGAGAGAGAGACGAAGCAUCUGCGAGCGUUGGAAGGAGCGGAAUCGCGGCUUCAGCUUUUCGAGAUGGACCUACUCGAUUACAACUCCCUUCUCCCUCCUAUCAAAGGAACCGUUGGCGUCUUCCACCUGGCAUCCCCUUGCAUCGUUGAGCAUGUCGAUGAUCCCGAGAGACAGCUUCUAGACCCAGCAAUCAAAGGGACGUUGAAUGUACUGGAAGUGGCCAAAGCGAGCGGUGUGGAUCGAGUCGUGGUGACUUCAUCGAUCUCAGCCAUCAUCCCCAGCCCUGGAUGGCCUGCGGAUGUUGUCAAGGGGGAGGAUUGCUGGACGGAUGUUGACUACUGCAAGCAGAAUGGGAUAUGGUAUCCAAUUUCAAAAACGUUGGCUGAGAAAGCUGCAUGGGAAUUCGCAAAGGAAAAAGGACUGAAUAUUGUUGUGGUCAAUCCUGGCACGGUCAUGGGUCCUAUCCUUCCUCAAGGUGCUAUCAAUGCCAGCAUGGCCAUGCUGCUUCGCCUUCUUCAAGGAUGCACUAAUUCAUAUGAGGAUGUCUAUAUGGGAUCAGUUCAUGUCAAAGAUGUCGCGUUAGCUCACAUACUAGUGUACGAGAAUCCAUCUGCAUCAGGAAGACAGCUCUGUGUUGAAGCAAUAUGUCAUUUCAGUGAUUUUGCAGCGAAAGUUGCAGAAAUGUAUCCAGAAUACCAGCUGCCAAGGUUCCCAAAGGACACUCAACCUGGGUUAUUGAGGGCCCAGAAUCCAUGUAAAAAGCUGAUUGACUUGGGUCUCCAGUUCAGCCCCAUGGAGGAAAUCAUCAAGGAUUCUGUAGAAAGCUUGAAGAGCAAAGGGUACAUUUCCUAAAAGAUUUUUGUGGUUUGAGUAAAUUAAUUCUAUGAAACACAACUCCAUAUUAUCUAAUUUGUGGGGUUUUAUAACAUUAUGACUUCUAAUGUUGUUAAGAAAAGAAUUAUGACUUUUAAUGGUAUAUGUUCUUGUUUAGCAACGACAA